AUGUUUCGCCCCGUUCGCGCGUCGACAUGGCAGCUGUUACAUCCGAUUGCCCAUACGAGUUGGCUCGCAGUUAUCUGGAUCCAGUUAUUGGCUGCCUGUUCCGCGGUGGAUGUAACUGCAACUGUGUUCGGCGCUGGAUUGAAGAGCCCCGAGAAGGGCUCGGUGAGUGCUGACCAGAUCUUGGCUGGAUACAGCGAUCGUAGGAUCGGACGGAAGACUCGCAUCGAGAAACUGAUCUCACAUUAA